GGGGCCGAGGCAUUGCAUGAUUGAGUACCGGACUCUAUACACACUGUUCGAUUUAUCUUAACUAUUUACUGACUAGAGAAGUGAUGGCGCCAAUUAACGUGACUAACAUGGCAGUGGGCAAAGCUUUCGUGCCCGCUAAGAAAACGCUGCCCGAAGUCGAGGACACAAAUGGAAAUGGAAACUCUGCUACGGGAUAUUCGUACGAAACACUAUUGGAGACAGCUAACUUCUUGCUAUCACGCACCAGCAUACGGCCACGAGUGGGCGUGAUUUGCGGCUCUGGGAUGGGUUCGUAUUGGAAAGAGGGUUCCUUAGCGGAGAAUAUUACUGACGCCGAAAAGAUACCCUACGAGGAUAUCCCAAAUUUCCCAGUGAGCACGGUAGAAGGCCACCAUGGUCAGCUGGUGUUCGGGAGGCUUGACGGAGUACCAGUCGUCGCCAUGCAAGGACGAUUCCACUACUACGAGGGCUAUCCACUUUGGAAGUGCUGUCUGCCGGUUCGUGUAAUGAAGCUGCUUGGAGUAAAGACCCUCAUAGCCACAAAUGCUGCAGGAGGCCUGAACUCCAACUUUAGAAUUGGAGAUUUAAUGGUUGUAAAGGACCACAUCAACAUGAUGGGAUUCGCAGGAAACAAUCCUCUACAAGGUCCCAAUGAUGAGCGGUUUGGACCUCGCUUCCCGCCUAUGAACAAGGCAUAUCACUACCAAUACAGAAAAGUUGCAAAAGAAGUGGCCAAGGAGCUGCAAAUCGAGAACAUUGUUAAAGAAGGAGUGUACACGUGUUUAGGAGGCCCUAAUUUCGAGACAGUGGCAGAACUCAACAUGUUGAAGAUGGUUGGGGUAGACGCUGUAGGAAUGUCCACAGUUCAUGAGGUAAUAACUGCGAGGCAUUGCGACAUGAAUGUAUUCGCUUUAUCCCUAAUCACAAACGAAUGUGUGACACGAUACGACACGAACGACGAAGCGAAUCACGAAGAGGUGCUCGACGUGGGACGCAUGCGCCAGGAUAUACUCCGCCAGUUUGUAUCCAGACUCGUCACAGAAUUCAAUAAAAUCGAAUCUUCUACUAAAUAAGCAUAAGCAUAUCACUGGUCCACGACCUCGACUUUGCGCGUGUCAACACAAUAAGAUUACAGAUAGAGGGAAUAAAUAAUAUCAAAACCCCUCUGUCCGGAUCCAGAAUUUUCUAACUAGCAAUGUCGCAGGCCUGGACUGUUUAUCAGGUUCAUACUAGUUAUUGAGUUUAACUCGUCGACCCACCUCAACAUCUAUAUUAUAAAGUAUGGUGCCUAUUAGUACAGUUACGAUAAAUUCAUUUGUGUGGAAAUGAUUGUACUCAGCAUUAUGUAUAACGUACGUAGAAAUUAUACAAUCAGAGGCUCUACUGACAUAUCCUAUCCUUAUUGGUCCAAACUAACACCAACGACCAACGAAUGCGUUUUUAUUUCUUUUUAGCUGUAAUGAUAAAAAGAGAUAGCAAUACAUUAGAUUGCCUAAGUGGAACGUGCAAGUAGCUGGCUUUUGUAUUUGCAAGCUUAACUUACAAGCGUUUCCCGUCCUUAUUGGCUGUUGUUCUGCCGUUUCGUGUCCCUCUCAUAAGGUUUUGCAUCAUUCAUUUUCAGUAUGCAUGCCUUGCAAUAUUAAUUCAUACAAUACCAGUAGUUGGCACGAGCUGGCAUGAAAGUAUGCAAGCUAAGCUACUAAGGCAUGUAUAAGCCUUUAGUUGGUCAAGUGAGGACUAGCAUAAUACAAGCAUAAGGGGAUUGUUCGCAGAGCGUUUCAACCGCUGCAGCUGCGCGGUCAUUACAAUCCGUCAAUUUUCUUGAGGAAGGAAUCAUUUCCAAAAUUAAUCAUUUAUAAAAUUGACAUUACUACAGUACAGAGUAAUUAAUGUAGUCGUAUAGUAAAAUUCAUUCUUGUCUUUUGUUUGUCUUCUCUCACUCACUCUUCUUUGAUUUGAAAAAUACUAAGGACAGCGCGACCGCAGCGGUCGAAACACUCUGCGAACCACCCAAGGUUGCAUUUUGACUGAACUUUGAUAUUUUAAUUUAUAUUCAAUUCCAAAUAGGAUAAGUUACGUAAUCUGUUUAUAAUAUCCAAAUUUUGAAAAUCUUUAGUUCCUAAUAUAAAUAUAUAGAUAAAUUACAUAUUCAUGGGUAUUUCAUUUAUUGUGAUUGAAGCAUUUAAGUAAAUAGUUGAGCAAUAUCAAUUUUUUAAUUUGGAACUCUAAAAAUAGCCAAGUAUUGAAAUUUCCGAUUAGACAAAGAGUGUGAUAUUAGCACUUGACUACGUGUAAAAUUGAUUUUUGCUAAACAUAGACAAACUUCGGAAACUUAUAACUUCUUUCUUUUCCAUCCAAUCAUAAAUUCGAUUUCAAAUGUUGUUGUAAUAUUAAAACUAUUUUUCUAGUUUACAUAAUUAUGAUAAAUUAAGUGCCAGUGGAAUACCCUAUUGAGUUAAUAUCAAAUAUGUAAACACAUAAGUUUCAAAAAGCCUCAAUAUAUAUUUUUAAUAUAAACCUUUACUAUAAAAAAGUUAAAUACUUCUGUAAAAUAUGUUAAGUAGAAGUGACUCAACAAUUUUUGAAUGAUAAUAAUAUAAUAUGUUAGUAUUUAAAGUUGAAUACAAGUAGAUAUAAUAUUACUUGUAGUAUGAAUGUAUUAAUUUAAGUUAUACAACAAAAUGAUUAUACUUAAAUAUCGCAGAUAUUAUAUACACUAUGCAUGAUUUUUUUUAAUAGAGCAAAUCCGUUGUCUUAAAUUGUAUAGGUUAUUUUUUUAUGAUGAUACUUUUUUAAACAAAUAAAAAGAAGUUUAAAUUAAUA